GUAAUUUUGAUUUGUGAAUUGACUUCAUUUCCCAGGAUGCAUUGAGCAAUGGUAAAGGUCAUGUGAUUCACAGGGGGGUUUGUGAUUGGUUCUGGUGAAUUCUACAACUGCCAUCUUGUGAACGAUUUGCUGAACAAGCACACGCUGUAUUUUUGUUACUUUCGCUUUCCUUUUUUUCCUCAUAAAAAACGUAUGAAACGAAGCAACGUCUCACUUCGUUAUUCUUAGUUUCUAAGACGAUAAAUGUACAACAAUUUUUGGUGCCGAGACCCGGGAAUCAGAAGACUAUGAGUGACGAAGAGCGACCGACCGUUGUGGAACAAUAUGAACGGUGCAAAAGAAAGCGUCGGACGAUACGGAGUUCCACAACGAGACUGCUGAACCAGAUCGACGUUGAAUUAUUAAAGGAAGACAAGGAUAUUGAUCGUGUGUGGGACAUGUUAGCCGUGUUGUCGGCAAUGGAGGACAGUUUGCGCGAGCUGGACAGCAUAGUGGAGAAACACACUUCGCUGGAGGACGUGGAGGCGGAGAUUGAACUCGCAGAGGAAUACAGAGACCGCGUCAUCGAGAUGAAAGCGCGAGCUCACCGAGUGAUUCGAGAAAAUGAAACUAUGAUGCCAGACGACAUGGCUCUUGAAUACAGCCGUCACAGAGGGGAUGAUGAUGAAUGGAAUGUGCCUAAUGUGUUGAAGUUCCUGCAGAAAGAGGUUCAGAGCCGAGAGAGAACUUUACAAAUGAUGAAAUCAUACAACCAGAGAGAAAACCAGUCUGCUAACAAAACAUGCAGCAAAUCAUAUUCAGCCAAUGAUGUGAAAUCAAAGAAACCAAGCAUGCCAUCUGCAGCUGCACUACACAUUGCUGACCAGAAAAUGCAAAACUGUCUGUUCUGUGAUAGCACUGAACACAAAUCUGAAAAAUAUCCAGUCCACCCGGUGUCAGCACGCAAGGAAAAACUGAAGAAGCUUAGCAGGUGCUUUGUGUGUCUGGGGACCAAACACAUCGCCAGGUUUUGCAGGUCAAAGUGCAGGUCAUGUGCCACAUGUAGAGGCAGGCAUCAUGCAGCCAUUUGUGAGAAAAAUGAAACAUCUCCGCCUGCUGCAGCUGCCAACAUUGACACUGUUAUUUCCUCAGUAAUUCCCCAAGCAGAGCAAUGCAAACCUGCCAUUGAGAACACUGUGCUGCUACAAACUGCCAAAGCAUGGGUCGUAGGACCCACCAGCAGGAAGAUGGUCCGCUGCUUGCUAGAUGGAGGCAGUCAGGGGAGUUUUGUGCAUGAGAAUGUGGUGAAGGCGCUGCAGCUACCUGUUACUAGACAAGGGACACUUACUCUUCACACAUUUGGCUCCUCUGCUCCAACAACUGUGAGUCGCAACAUAGUGAAGCUCAGUUUGAAGAAUGUAUGGGAUAAUCGGCAGGGAAUUGAAAUCGAAGCAGUUGUCACCCCCAAAGUGUGCACAGCGCUGAUGAAAGUGCCUGGUUAA